UGAGCCGAGCGGCGCCGCGAGACCCCGGACUGGGAGACUCUCUCCUCCUUCGUUUAGGCUGAUAAGGCGUCACUCAGGAAACGUGUGCUGCACGCCGGAUCCCCUCCAGGCUUUCCUUCUGCACAGGAGAUUAAGAAACGUUCUGUGAUUUGUGACUCUGCCAACAUGUUUUCCAAAUAUUUCAGGAGCAGAUCAACAUCCGCCUCCGUGGAGGAGACGGUGCUCCUUCGCUCCACUUCUGGACUCUGAUUCAAUCCCUUUCCACUCUGUGGUUUUCAGGAUGAAGAGUGUGUGUACUGUGUCCUGUUUACAGGCCAGGGGACGUGUUGCUGACCUCCUGGCUCACAUUAUGCUGGAGAUGAGUUUCAGGACGGAGUAUUGUGUGACAGGGUGGAUGUGAUUCCAGCUCACAGCUGCUCUGAGCCUGAAGGGAUGCUCUCAUAGCGGCGAGGCCUUCUGGGCUCAAGCGACCAUUAUAGCAGCGGUAUCUCGUAUCAGUUUAUCGGCUGGUUUCAUCAGCUUGGCUUUAACGGUCUCCUUGAAGGAAGCAGCGGUUCCACGGACAUGGCGGGCAGACGUGGUCCGCCCCGCCGCAGCGCUACCGCAGCAGUCCAGUCGGAACCUCGCAGCAGAUAAUGACUCGGAGCAAUGGCGCCGGGGGGACGAGCGACCGCCGCCAGUGGGCCAACGGGACGGAGGCGGAGGCGGGCCGGGCGGCCGACGACGGGGACUGCGAGGAGGACGAGGAGAGGCGAGGGGGCGGGCCGCCGGCGGACGCCGCCCCCGACGGCGGCUGGGGCUGGGUGGUGCUGGUCGCCACCAUCCUGGUCCUGGCGCUGACGCUGGCGUUUCCGUCCUGCGUGGGGAUCUUCUACACCGACUUACAGAACGAGUUCCACGCCUCCAACAGCGAGACCUCGUGGGUUCCGUCCAUCAUGACCUCAGUGCUCCACGCCGGCGGGCCUUUCUGCAGCGUGCUGGUGGAGCGGCUCGGCUGCAGAGCCACCGUCAUGCUGGGCGGCGUCCUCAGCGGCCUGGGAAUGGCCGCCAGCUCCUUCACCAACUCCAUCACCGAGCUGUACAUCACCGCUGGGGUCAUCACAGGACUGGGUUUCUGCUUCAGCUUCCAGCCGGCCGUCACCAUCCUGGGCCACUACUUUGUGCGGCGCCGUGCCUUCGCCAACGCCAUGUCGUCCACCGGCACGGCGCUGGGACUCUGCAUCCUGCCCUUCCUGGGAAACUACCUCCACUCCGAGUUCGGCUGGAGGGGCAGCUUCCUCAUCCUGGGCGCCGUCCUGCUCAACUGCUGCGUGUGCGGCGCCGUCAUGAGGCCCGUGGGCCCCGGGCGGCGCCGCCGUGGCCCGCCGCUGAUGAACCACGGGCCCCCGCCUCCGCCCGACGAGCCCCGGCGGAGGAGGGACGCGUCGCGGGCGGGGGCGGCGUGGAGGUGGCUGCUGGCCGCCCUCAGCAAGCACAUGGCCUUCGACCAGUUCUGCCACAACCGCCGCUACUGCGUCUACGCCGUGGGCAUCACCUGGAUGAUGCUGGGCUUCGUGGUGCCGCUGAUCUACCUGGUCCCCUACGCCACCGCCCACGGCAUGGAGCAGGGCCGGGCGGCGCUGCUGCUCUCCAUCCUGGGCAUCGUCAACAUCGCGGUGCGGCCCGGCUUCGGCAUCCUCUUCAACAUGGCCUGGUUCAAGGGGCGCCACAUCUACGUGUUCGCCGCCGCCCUGCUGGUCAACGGGCUCAGCAACAGCAUCUGCGCGGUGGGGCCCGGCUUCGGCGUGCUGCUGGCCUACGUCUGCAUCUACGGCCUGUCCAUGAGCGUGGUGGGCUCGCUCAUGUUCACCGUGCUCAUGGACAUUGUGGAGAUGAGCCGCUUCCCGUCGGCGCUCGGCCUGCUCGCCAUCAUGGAGAGCGUCACGCUGCUCAUCGGCCCCCCGCUGGCAGGGAUCCUGGUGGACAGAACGGCGCAGUACUUCCACGUCUUCUUCGCCUGCAGCGCCGUGGUGGCCUCGUCCGCCCUCUUCCUCCUCUUCUCCUUCUGCUGGCUGGACCGCAGGGACAGGGCGGUGAAGUCCCGGCAGGGCGCCGCCCCCCCGCCGCCCGCCGCCGCUGCCGAGCCCGCCGCCACCGCCGCCGCCUGCCGCUACAGCAGCGUCCCCACGGACAGCGACAGAGACAAAGACAAGGCGGCGGCGGCGGCGGCGGCCAACGGGGCCGAGUACAUCACCAGCCUCUGAACCCGCGGAGGUCAGAGGUCACAGAGACUCUUCAACCAAAACGAGACGACGUGCACUUAGAGCCACAACGUGAUUGUACUGUUGAUUAUCAAAUGCUGCUGAUCCAAUCACCUGAUCACCCCAGUGUCCCCGGCCGGCGGCGAGUCGGGACGACGUUCACACACCCAGCUUCAGCUUCUCGAUCGAUCGCUGCACAUUUCCCCACGCCUCAAACAGCCAGUAACAAGCUGAUCGGUUAUCAGUCCUGACGCACAGCAGCGGAGAAGGACGGAAAUCCGCAGAUCGACGGCUGGCUUCUGUGAUCCAGCCUCGGUUUGAGGACUCCGUCCUUCCUCUGGGUGUUUAAAGCUUUAUUCCUAACUCAGUGUUUUCAUUGUGAACGUUGUUCUGAUGAGAGGAGGUGGUGGAGCGUCUCCGACGUCGACCUGUUUGAACCGGUUCCAUCGAUUCUCUUCAGUUCCAGAUUCAGACCGGCUAAAACAUUAGACUGCUAAAUAUACAGGAAAAACAAAUCUCACAGCCACUCAUUUAAUUCCCAUUAAACUACAUUUUAGACGUUCAUUUAGAAUUUAUAAGCUGCUAAACUUUUAAAAAUCUUUUAUUUACACAACCAACUGUGGAUCUGCUGUUCUUCCGGUUACAAUACAACUUCAAAAGUCUCAUUUUUAACCCAAAAAUCAUUUAUGUUGUUCCUGUUUUUACCUUAAUAUUGUUUUGCUUUUAUGUAAAACCUUCUUAAGUAACAUAAAUGGCACAAAUCUUUUAGUUUUCCAUGUAAAACUAAGGUUAAACUUUAUUGCUUUUGCUGAAAAGACAUUUUGUAAAUUAACUUUCUUGUUUCCCACUUGAAAAACAUCAUUUUGACACUUUAGUUUUUCCUGAAAAAGUAAAAAGAAACAUCUGUUGUCAAAAAAGUCUAAUUCAACUUAAACUUUAAAAAAAAACAACAAAAAAAACUUGCUUUCAUGAAAUUUU